GAGGCAGCUCAAAGUACCCUGGUUGGACCAUUCCAAUGUGGCUGUACUGUGUAACGCGGGGAGCCAGUGUAGUCUGAUGCGCAGAAGUGAUAAAUGCAAUUUCAAAACCACGGAGUUACUGAAAGAUGAACUUCCAGUCAAGCUCGUCAUAGCUCAUUUUCACGUGCUUAUGACUUCGGGUUUUGCUUCGGAUUUAUCUUUGAGUUUCAUUUAGUUAAAAGCGUCGCUAGCUAUCAUAUCUACAUUGACAUCUUGGAGUGGAGAACAGACUCGCUCACCAGAGGACCUGUAAUUUUUAGACAAGUAGACAUCGACGGAAAACCAUAAGAACAACUUUCAGCAGUUUCCAUUUGGCUAAAGAGGUCAAAGUUGAAACCAUACAGUGACAAUGGGGGCGGAGUUUAAAGGGACACUGUGGAAGAUCUUUCUCUUUGCCUUAUUUUCACCAGGAUCAGGGGAAUACGACAGAUUCUUCCAGAUGUGUGGAACCUGGCGCCAUGGAAAGGAGAAACUGACUCUGGCUUAUGAUUUACAAAGGGGCUGUGGUACAAUCAGCAUUUAUGCCAAUGACAGCUUCCUGUCCAUCCGAGGUCAGAUAACUACCCAAUGUGAGGGCUCUUCUUCCCUCGACCUCGGCCUGGGCCCUGAAACAGAAGAAAGCCACUUUUGUGUGUACUGGGAGCCCCUUCUGGACCAGCUCUUGGUAGAGGUGAAUGGAUGGAACCACACUGUGUGCUGGCCAUCCAUACAGACGCAGUGCUGUACAGACCUGUCCCAAGGCCCUAACAAACAGGUUGACAAGUACGGGAUUCUCAACAUAUCAAUACGGGGUGACCUUCUAAGUUCCAAAACAUACUCAGCCAUGGAGUUUUAUGGCCAUAGUAUUGACUGCAAAUCAGAGCUUUAUGAUGAGCCAAAUCAUGGAUCCAGACGCCAAUUCGAUAUACAUGCUUGGACAGAGGAGCCAAGGAUGAGCUACAAGGUGUGGGGAAACCUGUCUCUGCCUCUUGCCCUGAUCUCUGUGGUUGAAAUGAACAAAGGCUUUAAGGGCUACACCGUUGCUCUUCCUGUACCACAAGAAUUAACUCAUCCAAGGAUUACAUCAGUUUACCUGCCCCAAUAUCUGAAACCCCUUGAAAAGGAAAAAGUAAAUGCUGUCUGCAUCUUCUUCAAACACAGUACCCUAUUCCCGUUGUCCUCUAAUGUAGACCAUAAUGACAUCAGGAUUCUGGAAGAUGUGGUGGGAAUCACUGUGGAAAAUGAGACCAUCACCAACCUUCUAGAACCAGUCAAGAUUGGUUACCACCAUUCCGUCAUACCAACCACCCACUCAAGAAAAUGUGUUUCUUGGGACACAAUGAAAGAUCCAAAAAUCAUCACCUGGAGAGAGGAAGGUUGUCAGACCAUUAAGAAGACUAGUGAGGAAACUGAGUGCCAGUGUAAUCAUCUCACAUACUUUGCCAUUCUAGUGCAACGGAGGACGGGACCAGUGCCCCACCUGGGGGCUCUAACUGCCAUUACAUCAGCGGGCUGUGCAGCAUCCACGUUGAGCUGUGUCGUCCUCAUUGCCUUCUUCUGUAAAAAACAGAGGAAAGCGAAGGAGCCAUCCACUUCAUCCACUGCAGUGCAUCUGGGUCUCUCCAUCGCGCUGUUCUUUCUCAGCAUCCUCUUCUUCCUGACUGGGACUGUGGCCAACGUGUGGGGGGGGGACGCAUGCUGGUUGUUUGGGGCAUUUCUCCAUUACUCUCUGCUCAGCUCUUUCUCCUGGAUGGCAAUUGAAGUGUUCCACACCUUCUGGUUGGUCUACAUGGUUUUCAGCCCCUUCCCCAAACCUUAUAUCUGGCACCUCUUUGGCUUCGGUCUCCCAGCAGUUCCUGUCAUUGUGCUACUCGCCAUCGGAAAUAUCUAUGGCGUGAGAGAGGUGGUUCCCAGUGAUGACUUUAGCAACCCCUACUUGAUGUGCUGGAUGAAUAUCUCGCCAGGCUCUGUGGGCCUACUGGCCCAUUACUUGACCAACAUGACCUUGAUGGCUGCAGUGGUCCUUUCCGGUUUUGUCAUGCUCUUGCUGGUCCUUAGAAAAAUUAAGAAACGAGACGAGUGGAGACGGAACAGGACAGCGUUCCUCAGUAUUUGGGGACUCAGCUGCCUUUUUGGGACAACAUGGGGCCUGGGACUCCUGGAUUUUGGACCGCUCUCUGAAUUUGUCCUGUUCAUUUUCUGUAUCCUUAACUCCUUACAGGGUUUCUUCCUGAUGCUCCGAUUCUAUAUUCUCCAUCGAAUGCGAAAAUACUCUGGUUCUAGUUUUUCUGGAAGCAGCACAGUGUCAUCCACCAAGCAUCACAUGCUGCAGUAGAAGAGCUUUUCUGCAGGGUAAUAUAAGAGAAAAGUAACAAACUUUGUAACUCAGGAAAUGUCAACGCUUGAGUUUGUAUGGAAGGAUCACAUAAAGAUCCAGAAUAUUGCACUGAUAGGACCAUUUCCCUUGCCUAUAUCAUAUAAUCACUUUAAAAGUGAAUGUAAAAAGAUGGCAAAAAGAAAGCUUAAGCCUCAUUGAUACAGUGCAAGCAAACUAUUUUAGUCAUCAGUCAUUUCAUUUUGAGUAGCACUUUAGUUUUUUAGCCUUGUGAUUUGCUCGUUUAUCAUGUUGUAGAAGGCCACAAUUCUGUUUCACACAUACAGCUCCUGAAAAAAUUAAGAGACCACUGCACCUUUUUCUUUCCUUUCCAAAAAAGUCAAAAAUGAAGGAUUUGAGUGAGGAAAAGAAGGGUUCAAAUUAAGGGACCACUGCAAAUUGAACGCUUCUGUUCCUCACUCAAAACUUUGCUUUUCAUUUUUUCUUAUCUGUUCGGGAAACCUGAUAAGAUUUGUUUUAACCAGCCAAUACCUGUCUACCAAGAGUUUCUCAUAAUUUUUUAAAAUCUCCUAACGAAGGCCAAGUUGAUGCGUUAUCCACCUGACUGUACAAUAUCUAGGUGGAAGUAUUUGAAAAUGAGAUUUCUUACUAAGACAGGCAGCCUAUACAUUAGUAACAUGAUAGAUUAUUUAAUUUCAAGUAAAGUUGUUCAUAUUGCUGAAUUGGUCAUUUGUUUUUUGUUUCUAAAAUGGUUUCAGUUUUUGUACUUAGAAAGAUCUCCUUGGUAGUCAUGGUAUAGAAUAUCUGCCUUGCAGAUAAUGGCCAAAAAUACAAUUGGUAUAACUUGUCAAAUGUAUCUAUUCUGUGACAGAUAUGCUGUACAUUUUGAUUUUAGCUACUGUACUAUGUUUUGCACUUUUUCUCUAUGAACCUGUACAGACAUUCUUUAAAAGAGAUCAUAACUGGUUAUAUCUAUUGCAUUAUUGUGUGUAUAUAGUAUUUUACAAUUUUGGAAAAACAUUGUAAUAUUGUCUUUGUAAACAAUAUGUGUAGAUGUCAAUGUCAAAUGUUUCAAUUAAAGUUUCCUAAGUAAGACAGUAACAACAGCAGGAUGUUUUGUAUACCUACACAAGUAUAUAAUAAUCAAUGUUUACAAUUCAUAAGCAAAAUUGCUAUUACCAGAAUGUCAUCUAAAGUCAUUAGGGGCAUCUUAAUGACUUUGUGAUAUUCCCUCUGAGUCCCUUUCAGGGUUUUAAAAAACAAUUCUAGGAAUAUUAAAACACUACUCUAGAC